ACUGGGAAACGUUGGCGAUGUCAAAAGCUCAAAUAUGCCGAUGAUCAAAGCGGAUGGUGAUCAAAAAUUCUUCGUUAAGACUCGAACAUGUCGAAUGCCCUAUGUUGAUCCCCUCAAUGCCGAUGCCAUGAAAAUCUACAAGCCAAUUGAAUUCAUACCGUGCACCAACCAAUCAGAUUUGGUUUCGGUGCUAUACGACAACAGUCUGCAGCGUUAUGUGCUGCGGAUAAAUACGGAGGUGGCCCAUCAACUGCUAAAUUCCAACCGUAUUGGGUAUAAAUGCUAUUACAACAAGAUCUGCUAUGGAAAUCAAACGGAGACUUAUGAUACUUUGGGGCCAGUCCGACGGUUGAGACAGAACUUUGUAGUUCCGUUACAUAUCGAGGGUCUGUUAUUGAAGUGUGUAGUGCCAGGAAAACCUUCUUGGGUUCUUCAACGAGAUGCCUAUAUGUUCAUACAGUAUAGACGGCAAUUGAAUGCUGCGAAGAAGAAUAAGAAGAAGAAACACAAACCAGAACAACCACGUAAGGCCAGCGUAAUAAUGUAUGGAAUCGAUACUGUGUCGCGCAUCAACUUACGACGAACCAUGCCUAUGGUGUACAAGUUUCUGCAGCGACGCGGUUGGUACGAAAUGCAGGGAUAUAAUAAGGUGGAGGACAAUUCGUUUCCGAACAUAUUGGCUUUACUCACCGGCUAUUUGCCAAACUCGGCCAAGAAGCAUCUGUGCGAUACAGACUUUCGUGGUUGUUUGGACAAGUUGCCGUUCAUAUGGAACGAUUUCAAGAAAGCCGGCUAUCUGACUGCGUACGCCGAGGAUAUAAGCGUGUCUAACACAUUUAGUUAUACAAAGCCUGGCUUUACAAAGAAGCCCACCGACUACUAUUUUCGACCAUUUUUGAAAGCUCUGGAGAGAUAUACUAGAAGAUAUAAGUGCCCCAGCUGCUAUAUGACUUAUUGCAUGGGUCGUCGUUUGGUUAAUAGCUAUAUAUUCGACUAUUGUCGGCAAUUCAUGCAGCGCUAUGUGGCAGAGAGACCGAUUUGGGGCAUGUUCUGGUCCAAUCAUAUUGCUCAUGACGAUUUCACAAUGCCGGCCAGCAUGGAGCUCAAAAUUUUGCAAGACCUGCUCAAUUUUAGUGCAGAUGGCGCCUUCGAGCACACCAUUAUGAUAUUCUUUUCGGAUCAUGGGGCUCGCUUCGGACCCUUGCAAUCACUGCCAGAAAGCUAUCUGGAUGAGCGUUUACCAAUGAUGUUUAUUUAUUUGCCACCAUGGUUCCGACGCAGAUAUCCACAGUAUGCCCAAGCUCUGUCCAGUAAUCAGCAUCGGCUGAGCUCGACUUUCGAUUUGCACAACACACUCAAGCACAUCAUUCAAUUGGGCAGCAACUCCCCAGAGCCGAGGGCCCAAUCCUUCGAUUGUCCCACCUGCCAGUCAUUGUUUUAUCCAGUGAUGGAGAAUCGCACGUGUCCGGAUGCGGGCAUAUCGGAGCACUAUUGCACAUGCGAUCCGUAUAGAGAGAUCAAGGAGGAUUGGGGCAAACGCAUAGCACCAAGGGUUCUCGAUAUUAUCAAUAAAUAUCUUGUGGACCAGGGGAAGGCACAUAAAUGCGUUCACUUAACGAUUCAUGAGAUAAUGAAGACUGAAAUCAAAAUGGAUAUCGAUUCGUUGGAUCAGGUGCCACAACUAGAGACAGCUGUCUACCGUACAAGGUUCACUACUCAGCAAAAUUUGGCAGAAUUUCAUGCCACCGUUGUGUUCAACAACAUUACGGAGCAGGUUCAGGUCGAUGUUGAGACAAUCAGUCGCACAAAAGUCUAUGGUUACGACUCGAAAUGUAUAAAGGAAACCGAUAGGAUCGUGAAAUUUUUCUGCAUAUGUCCCAACAGUUUAAAAAAAAUCCCUGUAAAUACUUAGAAACAAAUUCCGCUGAUAAACAUAAUUGGGACUUGUCAGGAUUUGUCCAUUUUGUUUAUAAAUAUUUUGACUGUCCGAAUAUAGCUUCAGUAUAUUUAAGAUUUUUAUAAACGAAAGAAUUGAUUUCCUGCUAUGUCCCAAUUCUGUUAUUUUAGU